AUGAUACUCGACAACAACAACAACAACAACAACAACAACAACGACAGCAACAACAACAACAACAACAACAACAACGACAACAACAAAAACGACAACAACAACAACAACAACAACAACAACAAGAGCAGCGACAGCAGCAAUGGCGUGAAGAGCAGCAGUCGGACGUCCCCUCCAUCACCCUCUUAUCUAGUAUGUUCAAUCCUUCAUGGGGUAUCCAAACAGAAGGCUGAGGGACAGAUCUUCCAACUACCUCCUAUAUUGAGGCCCCCAGCAGUCGCAACUCCAGGGAAGGUGGAUGGUGACUGUGCCCCUUACGCUAGUCUAGUGGUGCCCUCUUUUGCUCGCCAUCCACAGAGGGGCUCCAAUCUUAACGAUAACUUGCGGAUAUACGAGAAUGGCACCUUUGAUUUUGAAGGCACGGAUAAGGCUUCGGGCGUCUCGGGGACAGCAUGCGUUCCUAUAUGUUAUCCCAGUGGAGAGCAGCAGAAGACGGUCUGUGCUGUAUCGAAACACCAACGUGAAGCCCCCUUGUCGCAGCCGGUCCAGUGCUCCUCUGCGGUCCAUGCCUUCAAGACCAUCGACGGUCUGGUGGUCCUCUCUGGGACAGUCGAGGCUCCUCCCGAGCCGACCAUUGUUGGCACCAUCCCGGACUCCGGGAUGAGACCGAGAGAGACCGUGAACAUGCUCAUUCACGCGGCAGGUGUCUGCGCCAGAAUUCAACCGGAUGGCUCCGUCAGAGUUGUUCACGGCAAUGGUGGUAGAGUGUCACUCGACGGUGUGAGAUUCAUUGCUGCUGACUGUGACGCCGAUGAGUAUCCACUGCUGGGGAAUAACCGUCAAAAACUCACUGCGGUUGUUUUGAGGAGGAGUAAGAUGGUCGUGCUGAGUGGCAAAGCUAAAGCUGAUGGAGCGACAGUCCAUAGUAGUGAGGAGAGUAAUACGAGUACCCUCAUUGGGGUGCUGCCUCCUGAAGUGCCCCCACCCCGAAGACUCAUACUACAGCCAGUCUUGUCAUCAGUCUGUGUAGCUGUUACUACGGCUGGUGAUGUUCUCACUACCAGGGUUGUCUGGCCAUAUCCUUAUGGUGCUGAUAACGUGAACACGCAGUCGGUGCCAGUACCGCGCGCCGCAAAGUCGGCACCGCCGCCUCGAAUGCCCGGUCUCAAUGGCAACUUCCGCAAGUUGAUGGAUGAUCAAGAUCUCUUCCAGUGCAUGUAUUCGAUGCCGGCCGAGCAUCGAGAGUAUCUCUUCAACAAGGUGAAGGAGAACCUUGAAAUACUGGUGUUUACCGAGGCCACUGGUCACCAAGCAAAGGACUAUGUGCGCUUCCUCAAGAACCGAGAGCGGAUGAAGAGAAACCAGACGGUUCAGAGGCAGCACGAGAGACGGAAGCGAGAAUCGCCAAUGAGCACUCCGAGUCCAAGUCCGACCCCUAGCCUCAGUCCAACGUGGGUGUAA